AAAAAAACAUGUCCAACACAGUCAUUUGCAACCUCUUCAUCCCCAUCUUCUUCUUUUUUUCAUUCUCCUGUUUCAUCGGACAAAAUGAAUCCCCUUCACCUCCCUGGGUCUUUCUUCUUCUUUAUCAUCAUCACCUUCGUCUUGAUCCAUGCUCCUAAAUUUGCAUCCUCUGUGGAUGAAGGUUAUGUGAACUGCAACAGAGCUUUCGCCUGUGGAAACAUUGAGAAUAUUGGCUAUCCUUUCUGGGGUUCAGGCAGGCCGGACUACUGUGGCUUCCCAGGGUUCGAGCUGAACUGCAGUGAUUCUAUGCCGGAGAUCACAAUCAUGUCAGCAACAUACCAUGUCCUCGGAAUCAACAACGAGACCCGGGUUCUCACCGUGGCCAGAACCGAUUAUCUAGACAACCUCUGCCCCACCUUCCUAAUCAACACCACUCGGAAUCCUGACCUCUUUGAAUUUACUUCCGAUACUCAGGUUAUAAACCUCUAUUAUCAUUGCCCUCCUCCUCCAACUCCAAUACCAAAUGAGGAAACUGAGUUCUUCAGUAAUUUUACUUGUAAUAUAAACACAACCACCUUGUCCGGAUAUUUCCUCACCAGAAAUCUCAGUGAAUUGGCCGACCUGGCUUCUAUUGCGACUGAAAUCAGCGCCUCCUUGCGUAGUUGCGAUGACCUGGUUGUUCUGGCUGCAAACCAAUCCGAAAUCCAGUCUGUCGAGACAAGUCAGAAUCUGAGAUGGGAAAAUCUGAUUGAAGCUCUAGCCAAAGGAUUUGGGUUGCAGUGGAAUGCAAAUAAUAGCUUGUGUGGUCGGUGCAGAAGCUCCGGCGGGCAGUGUGGGUAUAACACGGUUUCGAAUAAGUUUUCUUGUUACUGCACAGAUCGGCCCUAUGAUACCGUUUGUCCUACUCCUACAGAUCCGACGUUGGAGUCAUUGUUAGUCUUUCUUCUUUAAAGGGCGCUUGGAUUGCUUUCACAGCCAUUUUCUAUAUAGCUAUAUAUGCGCUACUAAAAAUGUUAUUUGUAUAAAUGAGAUGAAUACAAGGUGUUAAAUAUAAAGGGUUAGGAUGU